GUUGACGUUGUCAACAAACGUCAGUCGACGUCACGUCAUUCGAUUCGAUUGCUUUUCGUUGAAUCGUGUUGCUGUUAUCCGGCUUAAAGUAAUAUAAUUUCUAUAAAUUAACACAAAUUUGUAAUGAACUUAUUUUAAAUACUUACAAAAUGCGAAUAACAAAUUUAAGACGCGGAAGGAUCGCGCGAAUGGGUGGUAUAUGUGCAAUUUUACUGAUGCUCAUUUACGCUCUACACAAGUGGUCAAAUGAAAACGUCGGCAAACAAGAGGAUAGAGUAAUAGUUUCGGACUCCCUUAGUAAUUCUUUCAAAUCGCACCAUGAUGUUUAUCCGACCCUGAAAACCGAUGUGUUGGGUAACUUCGAGCCCAAAGCGCGGCGGCCAGUGGUUGGGCCCGGCGAGGAAGGCAAGCCCUACCACAUGUCACAGGACCGUGCCAACGACGUAGCCGAAUCGGAGAGCGAAUAUGGCAUGAACAUAGCCGCCUCCGACAUGAUCGCCAUGAACAGGUCGAUUCCCGACACGCGCAUGGAAGAGUGCAAAUACUGGCACUAUCCAACAGAGCUGCCCUCUACGUCGGUGAUCAUUGUGUUCCACAACGAGGGCUUCUCCGUGCUGAUGCGCACCGUGCACACCGUCAUUGACCGCUCGCCGCCGAACAUACUGCACGAGGUGGUGCUGGUGGACGACUAUUCCGAUAAGGAUAACCUGAAGUCCAAUCUCGAUAACUACAUAAAACGAUGGAAAGGCAAAGUGCGUUUAAUUCGCAAUGCGCAGAGGGAGGGGCUUAUCAGAACCCGCUCCAGGGGCGCCCAGGAGGCGACAGGGGAAGUUAUAGUGUUCCUUGAUGCUCAUUGCGAGGUCAACGUGAACUGGCUGCCGCCGCUGCUCGCGCCCAUUUACCGAGACUACAAGACCAUGACCGUUCCAGUUAUAGAUGGAGUCGACCACAAGACCUUCGAGUACAGGCCCGUGUACGCCCACGACACCAACUUCAGAGGCAUCUUCGAGUGGGGAAUGCUCUACAAAGAAAACGAAGUACCAGACAGAGAAGCCAACAAACACCCGCACAAAUCCGAGCCUUACAAGAGCCCCACCCACGCGGGCGGUCUUUUUGCUAUAAACAGGAAAUAUUUCCUGGAAAUCGGAGCGUACGACCCCGGUUUAUUAGUUUGGGGAGGCGAGAAUUUCGAGCUCAGCUUUAAAAUUUGGCAGUGCGGCGGCAGCAUCGAGUGGGUGCCGUGUUCCAGAGUAGGUCACGUUUAUAGAGCAUUCAUGCCCUACUCCUUUGGCAACUUGGCGAAGAAUCGCAAGGGUUCACUGAUAACUAUAAACUACAAGAGAGUAAUCGAAACGUGGUUCGACGAGGAGCACAAAGAAUACUUCUACACUAGAGAGCCGAUGGCGAGGUUCUUGGAUAUGGGGGAUAUAAGCGAGCAAGUGGCCUUGAAAGAGAAGCUCAAGUGCAAGGACUUCAAGUGGUUCAUGGACAACGUGGCGUACGACGUGUACGACAAGUUCCCUAAGCUGCCGAAGAACGUGCGCUGGGGCAUGGUGCGCAACAAGGCCGGCAACGUGUGCCUCGACACCAUGGGCAAGGCGGCGCCCGCAUAUAUUGGCACGUCAACAUGUCACGGCGCCGGUAACAACCAGCUGUUCCGGCUCAACGCGGCCGGGCAGCUCGGCGUCGGCGAGCGCUGCGUCGAGGCCGACGCCGACAGCGUCAAACAGGCCAUCUGCCGGCUCGGCACGGUCGACGGACCCUGGAGGUAUGACGAAGAGAACCACCAAAUAAUCCACCGGCUGCACGACUACUGCCUGACGCUGCAGCCGCACGCGCGCAACCUGGCGCUGGCGCCCUGCGACCCGCACAACACCUACCAGCAGUGGAGCAUCACGAACAAGAAGCCCGGCUGGUGAUACCCCACACUGUAGCUCUACUAUACCUAAGUGUUCGAGGCUAUGCUGACGCGUGCGACGGUGUGGAGCAGAUAUACCUGAAAAGUGGCCUAAAAUGUGCGGCUAAACAUAUCUUACUCGUGAAUUCUGUCAGUUUAUGCGGGUGUGUCGAAUUUUUCAUGCUAGGAAUACACCAGCGGUCGCUAUGACUGACUUGGAACGUCUUCAUUCCUUUCACCACCGACCCCCACAGUAGCAUUUGGGUAAUUUCGCUUCACAUAUAUCUCCUCGGACCUCGUGGUAGUGUCCCACAGCCGGCAACCGCCUUAAAUCAUAAAUGUCUCAAUAUUAAGUACAGAAAGCAUAUCUUGGUCUCGUUUAGCUCCCAAAAACGACUUAUUACAACUGAAGGCAAUAGUAAUCGCAAACUUUUUAUACAGCCUCCUUUUUAGGGUUCCGUACCCAAAGGAUAAAAGCGGGACCCUAUUACUAAGACUCGGCUGUCCGUCUGUCUGUCUGUCACCAGGCUGUAUCUCAUGAACCGUGAUAGCCAGACAGUAGAAAUUUUCACAGAUGAUGUAUUUCUGUUGCCGCUAUAACAACAAAUACUAAAAACAGAAUAUAAUAAAUAUUUAAGUGAAGCUCCCAUACAACAAACGUAAUUUUUUUGCCGUUUUUUGCGUAAUGGUACGGAACCCUUCGUGCGCGAGUCCGACUCACACUUGGCCGGUUUUUUUCUUAUGCUCGAGAUGAUAGGGUAGAUCUUUAAUAUUUUUUGUUGCCUUUCGUGGAACUAAACGAUUCUCCCUUCUGGCAAUGGGCAUGGCGUUUUGAUUCGACAAGGCACUGUUAACGCAAACUGUAUGGCCGUGAAUGAAUGCCACGUCAGUUAUUUUAAAACCCCAUCGACUGCAGUAAUAAAAUUCUGAGACAUUGUCAUGGCAGGUGUCCGCUAAUCUCCUCCCAUAACCCGAUAUCCAGUCCAUCGAACAUUCAAAUCAAUAGCCUAUGACCUUAGUUCCCAUCGCAGCACAAAAGUGCUGCACUGCAAUAGUCUUUGCACCUGGCGGGAACCAUCUCCGGAUGUAUCAUAUUGUGCGCUUGGGGAUGGUAUCCAGCACGUGUAUCCCUUGCCUUUAGAUUAAAUUGUCUUAAAGGGCCUCUGCGCUGUUGGCUUCGGCCCCACGCAUGCCUCCCAAAAGUCCGGGACCCCAUGGUCCCGAGAUGUGGAAAGGACAAAGAAAUAAUAUAAUAAUAAUUUAGCCUACAUACGUCCCACUGCUGGGAACAGGCCUCCUCUCAAGCACGAAAGGGUUUGGGAUAGUGACGACUGCAGUAACCGAAUAAAUUAGGUUACAGUGUGCUUAGAUUUUUUUUUGUAUAUAUAUAAUAUGUAUGUUUUUUUUGUUCUAUACGGUCAGUAAUGUCAGAAUAAGACAAAAGUUAUGAAAUGUAUGCAUUUAUUUAUGUUUAAAUUUAAUUAGUCGUGUCACCUACACCUUUGUAAGAGUACAUCUCUGAGCUACUAUUUUCUAUUAUUUUACGGAGAUAUUGCUGCUAUAUCUCUUGCUAUUCUUUUUUAUCUUCUCCUAGCCAAGGAAAAUAUAUGAAAACUUAGUUUUAACUCUACGGUGGAACACACGUCACUAACUUACGUACAUACAUUCCCGUAGUUGGGUAAAGACAUAAUUACCACCUUGUCCCCGCGGUAAAUGAAGAACAGACAUAUAUUAGUUAUCUUAAUUAUCUAUUAACAUUUUAAGCAAUUCCUAGCCGAUGUAUAUUUUGCAUAAUGAUUUCUCCAAGGUACACAAUUAUAUUGUAAUUAUAAUUAUAAUAAUAUUAUAAUUAUAUAAUUGUGUACCUUGGAGAACACAGAUAACUAAUAACUAGUCGGAAGACGUGUCGGGGUAACGUGUAAUACUGAUUACCCAAAAACAAUGUAUGCUCAUUGCUCAAUUACUCAGCUCUAGGACUGAGUUGCCGGUCUUUGCGAUCAUAUUGUAGGUAUCUCGUGUACGAGUAUGUAGCUCAGCCCAGAACUAUAAGUUAGCUAACUACGCUCAUGGUCGGUAGAGUAACUAUGCAAGUUUUCAAAGGGACAGGUUCAUUUACCCGUUCGAUAUAAUGUUUAAUAUUUUUAUUUAAUUGAAGAUGUAAAUUAUUUAAGUUAAUAUUUGUGAAGCAAACUUGUCAUUGUUUGACGUAAUUCCAUUAUACCAUUUGAGAAAUUAAUUAUUAAACUUAGUGAUUAGUACCCAAAAAAAAAACAAGAAAUAAAAUGAACAUCUUGCGAUGUCAGUAUUGUGUAUUUUGUGUAUCACUAUUUUAUUUCGUAGACGUUUUGACAACGUUACUGAAUCGUUAUAUUUGUCUUUAAAACAAAUAAAACAUUUGAUUUAUUUUAGGUAUGAAUGGUUGAAAUAGUAGGUACCACUCGUCCCUUACUUUUAUGAAAGUAUCGGUUAUAAUAUAAAAUGCUCAUAACUCUCAUAAGGUACUUAAUAAAUUUAAGAAAUUCUAUGGGUAAUACACACACUAUUAUACAGCCAGUAGGGUGGUUCAAAAAACAUUUUUUUUUAUUUUCCUACGGGGCACCCCCUUAUUUUGUUACACUUAUUAUGCUGAUAAAAUACACCAAGUUUCGUAAUUUUAUCUCAACUACAAGGGGGUGCUACAACACUUUGAAAUUUUUCAAAGUUGUAUGACAUCCAAAAAAAAAAGUUUUUAUUAUUCAGAAUUUUAUUUAAGUAUCUGGUUUCACACUAUUUGCACAUGUGAUUUAUAAGUUUUUAAGUAGAAAAUAAUUUUUAUUUCUAUUUUUUCAAAUUUUUCAAAAGUAUGAUUUUUUGAAUUUCGCCUAAAAAAGUCAUAAAAACUAGAAAUAAUUUUUUUUUUUACUUAAUAACUUUUAAAUCACACUUUCAAAUAAUGUAAAAACCACUACUUACAUAAAAAUCUAAAAAAAAAUAAAAAUCUUACUUUUGAAAAAUUAUAAAAAAUAUAAAUAAAAAUGUUUUUCUACUUAAAAACUUAUAAAUCACAUGUGCAAAUAGUGUGAAACCAGAUACUUAAAUAUAAUUCUGAAUAAUAAAUACUUUUUUUUUGGAUAUCAUACAACUUUGAAAAAAUUCAAAGUGUUGUAGCACCCCCUUGUAGUUGAGAUAAGAUUACAAAACUUGGCGUAUUUUGUCAACAUAACAAGUGUAACAAAAUGAGGGGGUGCCGCUUCUUCUCACUAGAGUUUGAAUUUUUCCCAUACAAACGUGAACCACCCUAACAGCCAGGGAUCAUUAACAAGCUCCUAUUCUGUAAAAUGCUCGUAGCAAUCGAUUUAUUGGCAAAUUUAGCCUAUAGGUCUAGUUUAUACUUUAACUAGAUUGUGUAUUUAACAAUUAAUGCUUAGUUGUAUUAUUAUAUUAAAAUUUCCCUUUAUUUGACAAUUGUCAUGUAGUAAAUAGUGUAUAAGUUAAUGACUACCUACUUGCCAGCAUUGCUUCAAUUAAAAAUACCGACAGUUCAAAAUAUUUCAUUCCAAUCAGACGUAAAGAGUAAUUUGCGUCUUAUUUCUUUAUUUUCCGUUAUCUGCGUUAAGUAUUUAGUUAAAAUUCAACAUGCAUACUCGUAUUUAAACUAGAUUUGAAUGUCUCUUUCUCAUAGUUAUAUUGUUUCUUAUUAUAUUGCAUAUAAAUUUAAGUAAGAAAUCAAAUGCAAUCAUAAUAUAGCUUCUUUAAAAACGAACAAUACGUAUAAAUGUAAAUUCACGGCUCCAUUAUCGUUUUUUUUUUUUUAAUUUCUCAUUAAAGCUUUAUUAGUCUUAUUACAGGGCCGGUUACAUCAAAUUGGCUGUCAAAAAUGUCUCCGUAAUUCCCUAAAGAAAUAAGAUAAGUAAAGAAAAUAAGUGCUAUAAAUAAAAAAACAUCGUGGCUAUGGAUAUAACUAGGUUAAAUAAGUGAAAGAAUUGUGGAAGUGGAGAUUAAGUUGAAUAUUUUAUAGAUCAAACUCGGAUAAAAUAUUCAUCUUAAUAUCCUCUUCCCCACUUCUUGCACUUAUUUAACUUAGUUCAGUUCGUUGAUUGUGCGUGGUGCAGUGGACCCACCCUUAUUAGGUACCUACUGCUGCGCCGGACACUUUCUACCAAACUCACCGCUUCGGUGCAAAUGUAGUACAGACAUUAGUCUACAUGUUACAUCAACUCGAUGUAGGACAUAAAGAAAAUUACGUACUUAUUAUAAAUGCUGACACUAAAAUGUUUUUUUAGACUGAUUAUUUAUACAUACAGGGUGGAAAAAUAAGUCGGGCCCUGGAGGGAAACUACCUUAAAUCCUUAAGUUGGCUCAUUUUACUUAAAGGAGACAUUCCUUUAUUUUUAAAAAGAAAUAAAACUACAUUCAAAGAUUUUUCUUUUUUUCUUCAAUUUUGCUUGUCUAAAAAUAUUCUUGAGUACUAAAUAUUCGAUUUUAUGGAUAAUUUGUACGACAGACGAGUGUAAGACCUAAUGUUUCUUGGAGAAAUGUUAUCAUUAACAUUUAACUGUAUCGACUGGUAGAAAAAAAUAGCGAGUGUUUAUUUUUUGGAAGUUUUACUCGGUUCGAUUCCCGGUCGAGACAAGCUAAUUUAAAAAAAUCCUUAAGGAUUUAAGGUAGUUUCCCUCCAGGGCCCGACAUAUCUUUCCACACUGUAUACCUAGCCGUAAUCUAUUGUCUUCCUUACAAGUAUCUAUUGUCCUCUUAAAUGUGUAAAUUGUCGAGAUGUUAAACCCAUAACCAACCCGUUUUUUGUCAAUGGGAUAUAAUUAUUACCUACGUUUUUUUGGAAACUGCGGUAUUUAAUACCUUGACCAUACAUAUAACAAAAGCAUUACUAAGCUUUACCUAUAGGUAACCAUUUAUAAUUUUAAUAAUAAGAAGCAAGGAUGUUGGUAUGUCGCACAACCUUCUAAUUGGAAGCCGAACUGGUCCGCCGGAAACACGGAUCGUGGCGACCGUCAAUGGUCCCACACUGUAUAUUUCACACAUUUAUUGGCGAAAAUCCUCGCCUCGGUAAAAACCCGUAUAAUUUAAAUGUUGGCAACUACUCUAACUAAGCUGAAUUGUCUGGUAUCAUAAUAUGUAUACUUUUGUACAAAUUCUUAAAAAGUUGUAGCACUGAACUAUGUAUAAAUCUGUUCAUUAAUGAUAAUGAUUACCACAAAUGAUUGGAGAUAAUCUCACUAAAGGUAUUACUGUGAUUCCGACAUUUUUUAUAUAUUUUCAAGGUCGAUGUAAAUAAAUUAAUAUUUAUUGUU